AUGAUACAAAAAAAAAAAUUAAAAUCAAAUAGAAGGAUUUAUCUCCUUCAAAAAAUUAUUUUUCCUACACGAAAAAAAAAAACAAAAUCAAAACCGUAUAUAUAUAUAAAUAGUCUUCCAACAGAACUAAACCACUCGCCGGAGCUCUUACUCAGAAGUACCUCCCCCUUCUUCUCUUCCCCCCGCCGGAAGAUGCAUCCCACCACCGCGACAAUCCCUCCCGGCGGCCGUACCGACUCACCGCCGGCGGCGGCGGUGGCUGCUCCUGUUCUCAAGAACGAGGAGGAAGAAUCAACUCUGGUCAAUCAUGUUAUUAAUAAUAACGUGAACCAUGAUGAGUACUUCGAUUCUUUCCCGCCGGGUUACAGAUUCUGCCCUCAGGAUGAAGAGCUCAUCCUCGAUUAUCUGAAGAAGAAGGUGCUGGGGGAAGAACUGCCCAUGAACAAGAUCAUGGAGGUUAAUCUCUAUAGGCACGAUCCUGACACUCUUGCCACGUACAGCAAAUGCGGGGAGAAAGACUGGUACUUCUUCACGCCGAGGGACCGGAAGUACCCGAACGGCGACCGGCCGAACAGGGCGGCCGGCGACGGGUACUGGAAGGCAACCGGCGCCGACAAGAGGAUCAUGUGGGAUGGGGAAGUCAUCGGCCUCCGGAAAGCGCUCGUCUACUACACGGGCAAGCCGCCGAAGGGCGUCAAGACCAACUGGAUCAUGCACGAGUUCAAAGUCGUUUCUUCCACUCUCCCUCCUCGUGCUCCUAGGACCAACAAAGCUGACAUGAGGGUACGGUGCAUGCAGCUGGAUGACUACGUCCUCUGCAGGAUAUACAAGAAGGCCGAGAAGUACAUGAUCAACAGGUCGAUUCGAUAUUCAGACGAUCCUGAUCCUGCUCCUGCUGCUACCACCAUUAAUGUCGUUCCUUCUGGUGCUGGUGCUAAUCAUCCUCGUCAUGUGGAUCCAACUAGGUUCAAUGACAACAAUGGACAUGACAUCCUUGACGAUUCACCACCACCACCACAACAACAACCGUAUGUUCAGGGACAUCAAGUUUUUGGAACCGUUGCCGCGGCAGCAGCACAGAAUGCCAACUUUGGUCAUCCCCAGCCGCCGUAUGGCUAUUACAACGGAGGGAUGAUGGUGAUGGCUGAUGAUGAUGGUCAUCAUGGCUACGAUGAUCAUCAUCAUGGGAACGAGAAUAAUAUAUGGAAAGACAUUUUGGGCGACCCAAUUAUUGGAGUAGCCGGUGGCGGGCUUGCAGGCUGUGGAUAUGGUUUGGAUCAUAAUUCGUUUUGCUAA